AUGCUGCAUGCCGGCCGUGCUUCUCGGCUGCGGCGGGUCUACUUCCUGAGCAAUGUGCAAGCUGUUGGCCAGAAGAGAUGGUCAUCGACGCCUCCUCCAUGGCGACCUGCAUCGGUGCUGGAUGACUGGGUGGUGCGGCCCAUCCGUCCCAUGAGCUUGCAACAGCUCUUCUUCUUCGGCCGAACCCUGACUGAAUCCCGAUUGUUGAGCUCUGCCAACUAUGUUCGACUGGAGCUGCCGACCCGACUGGCACACCGCCUGCGUGAUAUGCAGAGACUGCCCUAUGUCGUGGUCACAAAUCCGCACCUCUCGCUAGUCUACGAGCUUUACUACAAAUCCUUCGAGAACUUUCGCCGUGUGCCCGUGGUUAGAACGCCCGAGGAUAAUGAUCAAUUUUGCAAGGUCAUUAGCGAGAGUCUGAAAGAGCAUCUGGCAGUCAUUCCUAAUCUUGUUAUGGGUGUGCUCCAGUGUCAAGACCAUGUUGCGCCAGAUGUCAUGGAUAGCUUUGUUCAGGCUAUGCUACGGGCACGCAUCUCAAGAAGGGUCAUUGCAGAGCAGCACCUUGCGCUCAGUGAAACCUACAACUCGCCGUGGCACGUGCCCCAGCCAAGUUCAGAGAAUGACUUCGUGGGCGAAGUCUUGCUGCGGUGCAACGCCAAAGAAGUCGUCGAGCGCUGUGGCAGAAUUGCGCAGGAGAUCUGUGGCAUCAACGAGGGUGCUGGAUCUCGUGUUCCCCAAAUCAAAGUUCAGGGCCAUACCGAGGCUACCUUCCCCUACGUACUGAGUCAUCUCGAGUAUAUCGUGGGCGAGUUACUCCGGAAUUCGAUACAAGCCGUCAUGGACAAGUACCCGGAUCCAGGUCCGCCCCCACCGCCGAUCGAAGUCCUUAUCUGCGAAGCCGCCCAGCAGGUAAUCAUUCGUAUCUCAGAUCGUGGCGGUGGAAUCCAGCGCGACUUACUGCCAUUUCUGUGGUCAUUCAACAAGGGGCCGCGGAGCUCAUCACGAUUGCAGAACUUGGGCCGAGUACCAGAACUGGCUGCAACCAUCCAUGAGGUUCAAAAGCCCAAAGCAGGCCAAAGGCGAGAUUCAUCGCUCAGCACAUUGGCAGGCCGACCUCCCGACCUAAAAUUGGGCAUGGGCUUGCCAAUGAGCAAAGUGUAUGCCGAGUAUUGGGCAGGUGGACUCGAGUUACAUAGCCUCGAGGGCUAUGGCGUGGACGCAUUCCUCCAGAUCUCAAAGCUUGGCAACCAGAACGAGCAGCUUACCUCGAGGGCCAGUAUCGACGCGGUUUAG